AUGGAUUGGAAAAAAUUGUUUAGCAGUUCUGAAAAUCAAAACCUAGAUUAUUUUCCCCCAAAAACUAGCGAUGGAAGCCCGACUGUUCUUCCGCCUUUGGAGGUGAUCGAAGAUGGAAUUUCCGAAUGGAAAUUGUCUCUCGUGGGCCAGUUUCUUGGAGUUGCACCUUCCUUUGCCUCGUUGCACAGAAUCGUCAACAACAUUUGGGGAAAAGCUUUGAAGGGUUCACAGAUACAGGUUAGUUCCGCUGGCAACAACCUGUUUAUUUUUUCUUUCAAUUCUGAAUCUGCCCGUGAUUGGUUACUUGAAAAUGGUCCAUGGCAUGUGCAUAAUAAGCCUCUUAUUCUUCCCUCUGCCAUUGGAGUCCCUAUCUCUAUGGACUCCAAACCUGUUAUUAAGACUAGGCUUGAGUUUGUCAAAGUGUGUAUUGAAGUUGGGGUUAAUGAUAAUAUACCAAAAUACAUUGAAGUCAUUUUAAAAGAUGGGCAAUCUACUUCUAUACAAGUUGAAGUGCCUUGGCUUCCUAAUUCUUGUAAGAACCGUAAGGUAUUUGGGCAUAAGGAUAAAGGUUGUCCUAAGAAAACUAAUGAAGCUACUGUUGUAUCUCAAAUUUGGGUCAAGAAAGGAGAGAGCCUUCCAAAUAAGACUGUGGAAGGAGUUGAAGCAAGUUUGGAAAUAGUAUGUAAUACUCCGAAUACAGUGCAAGCAAAUUCUAUAGAUGAGGAAGUAAAAAAUGAUGAUAUGGGGAAAAUUAAUGAUAAUGGUGGUUUUGAAGAUUCUGCUACUCCAACAGUUUUAAAGGAAGUUGUCCCAGUUAAAACUAUUAUUGCUAACCCUGGGACUGAAAGAUCUCUUCCCGUUGACACUGUUGUGGUGGAUCAUCCAGUACAGCAUUCAAUCCCUAAAAAGAAAGAGGCAUACCUAUUAAUGAUAAGGAUAUUGGUGAUGUGGAGGAAAGGAUUAAAUUUCUCUAUUAUUCAAACCUUUGAUCAAAGUAUCACCAUUAAAGGAUAUUUUCUUGGUUGUCCAGUGUUCAUUUCUGCUAUCUAUGGUAAAAAUGAUGGGAUUGCUAGAAGACUCUUAUGGAAGAAGAUUAAAGAAGUUGAAAUUUCAGUUAAUUAUGAUCCUUGGAUUCUGAGGGGUGACUUUAAUACUUUUCUGCAUUCGAUGGAAAGUUCUGAUCAUGAUUUGUUUGGUCAAUAUAUUACUUCGGAUAUGAAAGAGUUUCAAGAGUUCACUCGUGAGCUGGAAAUUAGUGACCAUCCUUUCUUUGGUCCUAAGUAUACUUGGAGUAAUAAACAAAAAGAUCUUUUCCUGGCGAGAAAGUUCGAUAGAGUCAUGAUUAAUUCUAGUUGGGCUACUGCUUUUCACCAUUCCUUUGUGGAAUUUUUAGCCCCAGGAGUCUCUGACCACUUCAGGCAAUCUUGGAAUCAAAGAGCUCAUGGAGAUCCUAUGACGAUCCUGUUCUCCAAAUUAAAAAGAUUAAAAGUGUGCCUAAAGAGAUUUAAUAAAGAAAAUUUCAGUAACAUUUCGGAUCGGGUUAAAUCUCAAUGUACUGCUUUGGAACAACAACAACUUCUCACUCUUAAAGGAGAGGAUAUCAUUGAAAAGGAGCUUUCUAUUCAAGAUGAGCUGAAGAAUUUGGAACAAGCAGAAAAUACAAUUAGAGUUCUUGUGGAUGAAAGUGGAAAUAGACUUGAAACCUUUGACACAAUGGCUAAAGAAGUGAUCAAUUUCUAUUCUAAUCUUAUUGGAACUGUUGAUUCCUCGGUUAAAGAAAUUGAUCCUAAUCUUCUCAAAACUCUUCUGAAUUUCAAUCUUCCCUCUAAAGCUUCUUCAAGUCUCGUCAAAGAAGUUACUGGAGUAGAAAUCCAAAAUGCCAUCUUCAACCAAGGAAACGAUAAAGCCCCGGGUCCAGACGUAUUUACUCAUCUCUUCUUCAAAGCAGCAUGGACUAUUGUGGGUAAGGAUUUCACUGCAGCUGUCAAGCACUUCUUCUCCAAUGAUUUUUUGCUUCCAGCAUUCAAUUCUACUGUUAUUGUCCUUGCUCCUAAAGUACCAAAUCCAUGUUCUGUUAAAGACUUUUGA